AUGAAGUUGUCUGUUGUAGCAUUGACUUUAAUGUCAUUGUUCCUUACAAUGAUCGAAGCUCACAAUGUGUUAUUGCCCCCAUACGGAAAGCACUGCUUCUUCGAAAACUUGAAGAAGAACGACGAGUUGGCAAUCACGACGCCUAACGGCCAAGUGGUGUUGAAGAGAACAGAUUUGGAUCACGGGGACGAGCAAGUAAAGGCCCAGACAUCCGGAAAGUACCAGUACUGUUUCUCCAACGAAAAGACAAGUCGUGUCGACUUGGAUGUUUCCUUCAAUAUCCAUGGGGUUGUCUAUGUCGACGUCAAUGACCCUAAGGCCGACUCGUUGGACUACGCAAUCCAAAGAAUGAGCCAAUUGACUAACGACGUUAAGGCCGAACAAACUUAUCUUGUCAUCAGAGAAAGAACUCACAGAAAUACUGCAGAAUCUACCAACUCGAGGGUUAAAUGGUGGUCGGUAUUCCAGGUCUUAGUGGUUGCGGCCAAUUCGGUCUUCCAAAUCUACUACUUGAAGCGUUUCUUCGAGGUCAAAUCGGUAGUUUAG